AUCCAAUAUGGAGUAAAUCGGUAGAGUCGAGAGAUGGGGCUCGGACGGGGCGCCCUGCACCGCCUCCCAUGCGCACCUCCCCCGGCUGCCGACCGCUCCCCGGAACCGUGAUUGGCCCGGCCCCCGGGGGCGACCCCGGACCGAGCCCCCACCCCCGGCCGGCCCGCUCCUCCUCCUCUCAGCAGUCCCUGCCGCUCCGAGGCGCGCUUGUUUUUCUUCUGCUCUCCCCCACCGCCGUCCCCUGCCCAAAUCUCGCCCCCUCCCGAGCCCCCGGAGCCCCCGCCCGUCUCGCCCCUCGGCGCUGCGGCGCUCACUGCCCCAGCAGCUUGCCUUUGCACCCCUUCCCCAAAACCUCACCCGCGCCCCCGGCGCUCCGCUUCCCCUUCUGCCUGCGGCGCCCCCUUCAUCUCUAGCCGCCCCCCCUCCCCAAAUCAGGAGAUCUCCGGAGAUGUGAAGAAGGGGGGUGAGCGGACAGGAAGAUGAAGGGAGCAAAGCUGCCCGCCGCGGGACAGGCGUCUAGGUGAACAAGAAAAUGACCGAAGAAACACACCCGGACGAUGACAGCUAUAUUGUGCGUGUCAAGGCUGUGGUUAUGACCAGAGAUGACUCCAGCGGGGGAUGGUUCCCACAGGAAGGAGGCGGGAUCAGUCGCGUUGGGGUCUGUAAGGUCAUGCACCCCGAAGGCAAUGGACGAAGCGGCUUUCUCAUCCAUGGUGAACGACAGAAAGACAAACUGGUGGUAUUGGAAUGCUAUGUAAGGAAGGACUUGGUCUACACCAAAGCCAAUCCAACGUUUCAUCACUGGAAGGUCGAUAAUAGGAAGUUUGGACUGACUUUCCAAAGCCCUGCUGAUGCUCGAGCCUUUGACAGGGGAGUGAGGAAAGCAAUCGAAGACCUUAUAGAAGGAUCAACAACAUCAUCUUCCACCAUCCAUAAUGAAGCUGAGCUUGGUGAUGAUGACGUUUUUACAACAGCUACAGACAGUUCUUCUAACUCCUCUCAGAAGAGGGAACAACCUACUCGGACAAUCUCCUCACCCACAUCCUGUGAGCACCGGAGGAUUUAUACCCUAGGCCACCUCCACGACCCAUACCCCACAGACCACUAUCACCUCGAUCAGCCGAUGCCAAGGCCCUACCGCCAGGUGAGCUUCCCGGACGACGACGAGGAGAUCGUGCGCAUCAACCCCCGGGAGAAGAUCUGGAUGACGGGGUACGAGGAUUACCGGCACGCGCCAGUCCGGGGCAAGUACCCGGACCCCUCGGAGGACGCGGACUCCUACGUGCGCUUCGCCAAGGGCGAGGUCCCCAAGCACGACUACAACUACCCCUACGUGGACUCUUCAGACUUUGGCCUGGGCGAGGACCCCAAAGGCCGCGGGGGCAGCGUGAUCAAGACGCAGCCCCCUCGGGGCAAGUCCCGGCGGCGGAAGGAGGACGGGGAGCGCUCGCGGUGCGUGUACUGCAGGGACAUGUUCAACCACGAGGAGAACCGGAGGGGCCACUGUCAGGACGCGCCCGACUCAGUGAGAACUUGCAUCCGCCGGGUGAGCUGUAUGUGGUGUGCGGACAGCAUGCUCUACCACUGUAUGUCGGACCCCGAGGGAGACUAUACAGACCCUUGCUCGUGCGAUACUAGCGACGAGAAGUUUUGCCUCCGGUGGAUGGCUCUUAUUGCCUUGUCUUUCUUGGCCCCCUGUAUGUGCUGUUACCUGCCCCUUCGGGCCUGCUACCACUGCGGAGUGAUGUGCAGGUGCUGCGGCGGGAAGCACAAAGCCGCCGCCUGACUCGGUUUCUCUCCCUUCUCCCCGCUCCAUCCGCAACGGCAGGGGAACUCGUUGUCUCUCACAUACUCUCAUCUCCUCCCCUGCUCCCUUCCACUCCGAGGCGCGAGGAGAGCAAGAGGUCUGCCAGCUCCCUGGUUCCUUGGGGCACCGUUCCAGCCAGGGGCACCUGCCGGGUGUGCUCCACUGCCCCGGCCGCCCACACUGCAUCAGCCACGCACCCAUACACGUGCCCACACGGUGUUCUACGGAAGGAACCUUCGGCAUAGACUCUCGUGUUUUAUUAACAAUCUGGAACCAAGCUCACUGUCUUACCAUGUGUUGAUUUCCUCUUUCCUCCCCCACCUCUUCCAGUUCAAAGGCAUCUGCAGUUGGAACUAAUGAUUUUUGGUGGGUUUUGUAGUUGAUUUUUUCCCAAGAGUAUGAAGACUAUCUUUCUCUUGGUUCAGCUUGCCGGUUGCUAGCCAGCAUCAGGUGCCUGCGGACGUGUGAUGUCAGAAUGAUGAAACCCUACCGGAAGUAUUUAAACCUGCAGUCACUUACUAUGUAUAGGAGGUGAGCUAGUUAACAAACUUGUACCACAAAACCAUAUUGCUUUAACUUUUCUAAAGCCAAAUUUCCCAUGUAAGCUGCAGUUUCUAUCUUUAGCCCAUCAUCAUUUUCUGCACCCAAAAAAAUCUGUCAAAAUUAUUCACUGAUGCAAAACAUUCACCCGUAAAAUGACUGAGAAUCGAGCCUUAACUUCAGAUUAACUUGUAAGAAUUAGGAAAAUUCCUUAAACUGCAUUGCAGCCUCUUGGACUAGGGCUAGAAAGGGGAUUUCAGGUUUCUACGAGCCUCCCCAGUUAUCCCUAAAGUAGAACUUUUUAAAAUUGUGUUGCUACCACUUCUAAAAAUUUCACAAUGUUAGAAUGACACUAGUGAAGUAAGAAAUUUUGCUCAUUAUUUUGCAAAAUAGUUUACUCAAAUAGUUUACUCAAACACAAACCAGUGUUCUACGAACAAGUUCCAACUGAGAAACACUAAGGUUGUGGUGAAUAAAACUAUAGGAGCUUCCUUUCCCUCCCUCCCCAGUGGCUAUUUUAUAUUAAUGGGGGGAGCGGAUUUUAAAUGUCAUAACAUUUGAAGAGUGGUAGGUUGCAUUUUGUUCAUGGGUUUAUGUUUGUGUUGUUAUUUUGGAUUCAAUUUCACAUCACCAGAUUCUUCAUUUAUACUUGGGGAAAAAACAAGGCCAUAUGUAAAAACCCUUCCAAUGCCUAAGUGUCUUUCUCCUGCAACUCCAAAUCCAGACUUGCCACUUUGGGUGCACAGAUGGUUAGGUCAGCCGACUGGUUCUACCUGUCGCCUCACCACGUAGGAGGUUUCUAAUUAUCUGGAAAAGAGUAUUUUUCUAAUAUAUUGCAAGAAAUAGCCAAAUCUUCUUAUUGAAGAAAGCAGAAAAGUAAAGAGUGGUUACCUGUACCUAGCAUAGUACAAUCAGAACCUCGUGGAGACCACAGGGGACGGGCUUGUCAACGCUGGCCAUUCUUCCUGCCAUGAUCUUUCUGUGGUAAUGGCCAGCAAAAGGCAUGGCCCAACUCCCCUGUCCUCCCUUUCCCUGUCCCUUCUUUCUUGCACACAGGACAUCAGCCUUCAAGGAAAGGGACUUUUUUCCAGUCUGCCAAUCAUAUUUGGAAAGUGCUAGCCAUGCUCACCUCCAUGGGGUAUUUUCAGCUCCUCUGAGAGCCCAUGGUGUUUCUUUAGUCUGAUCAGCAGUGUAAAUACCCAGUGUGCUUAUGAGUUAGUUGGUUAGAUGUUUCAUUUGUUGGAGUAACUGGUUUGGGCUUUCCAGUUUGGAAAAGGAGCAGAGAGCUGUCUGGAUGGAUGGAUGGAAGAAAAGAGAACCUCUUCCAUGCCUGGAGAAUAUCUAGAAAACCUUCAGCCAGCCUCCAGCACUGCUGAGAGACCAUCUUCCCCCACCCUGAGGCAUUUCCUCAGGGUCUUUCUCUAGGGUCUUCUCUCUACAAAGCACAACACUAAUGUAUGUUUCGUUAGACCUCAGUUCAAGUGCCCCUAUUUAUUUCAAUAAGAACACACGUAUCCCAGCUGCAUUUUGAUUGUCACCCCUAGUCGUUAUAUGUUUCUCUCUUCCUUCACGCUUUGUCCUUUUUCACCCUUUAACAGUUUUGCUAGCAAAUCUUAACUCCACGUGUACUUUUUGGUUUGUGAAGGCCGUGGUUAAGGGCACAAAGACAGCCAUGGGGACAUUUAUGUAAAUACGUCUCUCUAAUUGCCACACUGCAGCUGAACAGUGUGUAGUAUUUUCCCAGUCAGCUUUGCCAUACUGACGUCAAUCAUUUGAGAGAAAUUAUUCAGAUUUUAUUUUUGUAUCUGUGGUAACAAAACAUUAACCAAAAGAUUUUCUGUCCAGAAGCUUCCCCGACCACCCCCUCCCCAAGCUAUUUGCUCACAUUAACAAAUUAAAGUGCCUGAAGCAUAAUUCAUUCUUUACCUGUAUACUAAAAACCCUGUUGUAUUGAUUUUUUUAUAAUAAGCCUUUUUACCUCUGUGUAAAAAAUAUAUAUACAAGUGUAUGAUGUACAUUUUAGUUCUUAACUUUUUUUUAUGGUUUCUAAUAUGUAUGACCAAUGUAGUCAUUGCUUUAAAAUUGUACCAUGUAAAUAUAAACACAUCCUAUCAGA